GCUCCGGCCUCAACUCCCUGCACAGUGGCAGAGGAGGAAAAGCAGAGAAGUUGUGGAGCAAGUUUUCAUCCAGACAUCCUUCAGACUGGACCAUGUUCUCCCUGUCAGAACUGGCGCCUGUGGAUCAGCAUCAGAACACAUGGAAGCUGCUGAAACCCUGGUGGGAGGUCUUCAUGGACUACCUGGUGGUCCUGAUGCUGAUGACGUCCGUCCUGGCUUGUACUGUGCAGCUGUCCAGGGACAGGGUGGUGUGCAUUCCUUCUUUACCACCUUUCAACGCAAGCGACGGCGUUCACCAUCCACCCGUUAGCAACGAUGCAGUCCUCGCGUCUUCUAAAGCCCGUCUGCGUGUUCCUCACAGCGUCGGCCCAAAUCUCCAGGCACCAGCACAGGGACGCCGCACACAUCUGGUCUACCAGCAGUACAUUUAUGUUAGCCAGGUGUGCUACCACCAAGCUCUACCCUUCUGUUCACGCUUCUUUCCCUACAUGGCCCUGCUGCAGUCUCUGCUACUGGUCGCUAGCGGCUCCUUCUGGCUGCACUUCCCUCACACCUCUUCCCGCAUAGAACAAUUCCUGUCCAUUUUGGCAAAAUGCUGCGAGUCCCCCUGGACGUCCCAGGCCCUGUCCCAAGCUGCACGCCAGGAAAACAUCCGAGAUCUGGAGAGACGGCCCCGCCACGCCGCCGCGUCCGCAGCCUGUUUUCCGAUUGCGCUGGCCCGUACGGGCCACUCGAGCAUAGACUCUGGUACAGACAGCCCGCUUCUGAAGAAGACGGCCUACCCGCCCUCUCCUUCCCCUUCCACGGUCUCCUCCAACUCCACCAUGUCAUCUGUGUCGCUUGGCUCUGAGGCGCACUUGUGUUCUUCCGUGCCUUCAGUGACCAGUGAACGCCCCGGGCAGGUCUUGAGUCUGGAUAAAAGUGAUGGAGAACAGGCCAGGGCCCUGUUUGAAAGAGUCAGGAAGUUCCGGUCUCACUGCGAAAGCUCCACUGUCAUUUAUAAGGUUUACUUGACUCAGACAAUAUUUAAGCUGCUGAUGGUAACGCUGAUCAUGAGCUACACCGUCCCCUUCCUCGGCUCCCUCUCCUUCAGCCACGUCUGUCAGCCUGCAGAGCGAACGCUACUGGGCUACACAACCUUCGAAUGUGUCCACUCGCUCUCAUCCCUCCUACGCAAGCUUCUUGUGACCUACCUAACCCUUCUAGGGAUUUAUGCGCUUCUUGAUUUUUACGCCCUCAGCUGGAGUUUUCGCAGCUGUCUUCGAAGGUAUUCCUUCCACUCCCUGAAGGACAUUCCCGAUCUGAUGAAUGACCUGGCCUUCCUCAUCCACAUGCUGGAGCAGUACGACCCGCUGCUGGUGCAGCGCCUCUCCGUGUUCCUGUCGCCGGUCAGCGAGAGCAGACUGCUGGAGCAGAGCCUGGAGAGGCACUGGGGAGAAGAGAAGCUCCAGGCUCUGAGCAGCGUGGACGCGGAGGGCUGCAGCACCCUGCAGCUCGUCGCCCUGCCUCGACUCCCUCCGGCUCUGUUCACCCUCAGCCAGCUGCACGCCCUCAAACUGGAGCUCAUCGCUGACGCCAGGUUCACUUCGCAGGUGGCAAACAUGACUUCACUCAGGGAGCUCCACCUUUACCACUGCUCCGCGGCUGUGGAUCCUGGUGCGCUCGCAGUCCUCCAGGAACGCCUCGAGGUUCUCUACAUCACCUUCGCUCAGGCGUCACAGAUCCCCAGUUGGGUCCUCUCCCUCCGCAACCUGCAUGAGCUCCACCUUUCGGGUCGCUUGGGCAGCGAGGGCGGCGUGAGUCACGGCUGGGCCCUGGGGAGCCUGCGGCAGCUCCGUCACCUCCGCGUUCUGGUGAUCCAUGGGAUGCUGCACAGGGUUCCGUCAGAGCUGUGCGAGGUGGCAGGAAGCUUGGUGAAGCUGGAGAUACACAACGAAGGCACAAGGCUGCUUGUGCUGACGGGACUCAAGCGAAUGGCGGACCUGACAGAACUCCGGCUGCAGGACUGCCAACUGGACCGCCUGCCCUCAGCCCUGCUCGCACUGACUCGCCUCCGGACGCUCGACUUGCAGCACAACAACUUGAGAACCCUAGAGGAACUGCUCAGUCUGGUCCACCUGCAGCGUCUUUCAUGCCUCAAACUCGCCUACAAUCGUGUGUUGGCGCUGCCGCCCACCGUCGGCGUCCUUCGAGGCUUGGAGCUUUUGGAUCUGUCCAACAACCAGUUGAAGAGUCUGCCCUCGGCGCUCUUCACACUCCACCGGCUUCGUCGGCUGCUGCUCGCUGGCAACCUGUUGCCUGAGCUGCCCUCUGAGGUCAAGGCGUUGAGGCUGCUGGCAGAACUAGACCUGAGUGGAAACAGGUUAGAGAGCCUAACCUCUGACCUCUUCAGCUGCUCGGAGCUCCGCGUCCUAAACGUGUCUCGCAACUCGAUCGGCUCACUGCCUGGGGGAAUCUCAGCGUUGAGCCAACUGUCCAGGUUGGAUUUGCGCAGCAACAGUCUGGAAGAGCUGCCUGCUGAGCUGGGCUGCUGUUUGGGGCUCUGUGGAGGUGGGCUGCUGGUAGAGAGGUGGCUCUUCCUCUCCUUGCCUCCACACGUCAGGGACUUCCUGAGCCGUCCUUACGCCACCAACGAGGGACACUUUGAGGAUCAGUCCAGGCCGGAGUCGGACACUUUCCCGUACUCUCCCACUCAGUGGAGCUUCUCUUCAGCUCUCGAGUCACAGAUAUAAGCUGUCUUCGAAGGUAUUCCUUCCACUCCCUGAAGGACAUUCCCGAUCUGAUGAAUGACCUGGCCUUCCUCAUCCACAUGCUGGAGCAGAACGACCCGCUGCUG